AUGGGGCAGCAGUCGCUUAUCUUUGGAUUUGUGGCGAGGGGGACUGUGAUCCUGGCGUCCUUCACGGAGUUCACGGGGAACUUCUCCAGCAUCGCCGCCCAGUGCCUCCAGAAGCUCCCCGCCAGCAACAACAAGUUCACCUACACCUGCGACGGCCACACCUUCAGUUACCUCAUCGAGGAUGGCUACAGUUACGUCUCUCCUUGACCAAUCUUCUUGUUUUGCUCUCUUGCGUCAAUCAUCUUGUGUUUUGCAGCAAAAUCAGGUUGUUCUUUUCCUACUAGAGGUACCAUCAAGAUUUUGAAAGCUUAUUCGGGGUUAGCGUUGUUCCGGUUGUAGUGCCUGGAUAGAUCUCUGAUUUUCUGCGUCCCCUGGGCUUCUAUGAUCGAUUUCACUUUUUUCUCGGGGAGUCGGUUCCGAUUGAUGGUGGACAGUGACUCUUUUUUUAUGGUUCUUUCUUGUUUUAUUUUGCUCUUUUGUGACGGGGAGGGAGAAAAGGCACCGUUGGGUGUGCUUGACGUGAUCUUGUGGCGAGAGUUGAGAAAUAUAGAUGGCCAGCGUCGGAUUUUAUCGUUCAUAGGUGCAGCUGAUGCCAGUUGAUGUGAGGGUAUCAGGGAUGGAACUGUUUUUCUGGUUACGAUGAAGUCAAAUCUUUUCAUUCCUUAGCUCAGGUUGUUCGCAGUCUUAGUGAUAGAAAAUUCCAAAUCAGUAUGUUUUCAACUAUGUCAAUUUCCUAUUUCCGAUCAUGCUUGCAAAGUUCGUAAUCUGUAGCAUUAAAAUGUGUGCUAGAUUACUUUCGGCGCAAGUCUUCUGAUUUAUUACUGUUUAUGAAAGUCAAGUUAUUUUAUCUUCUUCAGUCCAAAUUUUAGUCUACUCCCAAUUAUUUUGUAUCAAAUGGGAAAUUUUGUUCUUAUAUUCUCUCUAUUAUUGUUUUAGUUGGUGUGAAUUAUUUUAACUCGGGACUUGCUACUGAUCCCUGAACAAUGUACUUGGGACAGGAGUUACUCGAACGGAUUCCACAAUUAGUACACGCUAACUGUGGUGAUGUGACCUUUCUUUCACAAUUAAUACUGUGUUUAUACCUUUUGUUAAAUGGACUCAUCAUGCUCUAUACUGUCCAUGAACCAUUCCUUCAACACUUUUUUUUACUUGUUUCCUACAUCUGAAGUCCUUUGAAGUAAUAAUCUGAACACCCAUGACUUUUAAAAGCUUGUUCACAAGGAAACUAUGUUUCUUCCAGCUGUUUCUUUUUCUGAAUCAUGUAUAUCUUUGUACCUUGGUUUUGGCUUUUCUACAUUAACUGUGUCUAGGUGAUGUCUGUGUGUCGCACAAAGGACAUGUAAUGCAUGUUAUUGGGAAACUUGACCACUAAAACUUAUUUAAUGGGAGAAGCUACACUGUGAGCCUCAGCGUAGUACAGGGUAAAUAAGCAAUAAAUGGUAUACUAUUUUUUCAAUUUUUCUGUGAACAAGCAUAUAAAACAUUUUUUUUCCUUUUUUUUUUAAAUUGAACAGUGAAAAUGGCAACAAUCAAGGUUGGCUGGUAAUAGAAUUUCUGAAGCAAGUUUUAUAUAUUUGAUGUAAGUGAGCUAUCUUCAAUCUGGUAGACUGCAUCUAAUAACCAGCUCUUAGUCACUCUCAUUUUCAGGAUAGGAUCAGAUUUUAUGUAGCCUACUCCCCAACAUGUAGUAUGGAUAUUGGACUUGUUGCAGUUGUUCGAAGAUUUCAUUUAACUGGGGCUUGUUUAUGGUCUAAAGCCCAGGUUGGAGUUGAGGAUGGCCGGGGUUUGCAUGGUGGGGAUGUGAGUUGGUAGGAUGUAGCAUGUUGAAAAUUGGCAAGUCGACAUGCCUGAAUUGGGAUGGUAGGGUGAGGUAGAACACACAAGGUGCAGCUUGAUGGGCUUCGUUGACUGUUUUCGGCUUUCCAAGAUUUGGGACCCAUUGCAGCCUGUAUUUGGUAGGAUCUCUCCAGGCCGCAUAUUAAUCUGGUGCUUGACAGGAGUUUCUCCGCAAAAGAGGUAUAUGGUUGUAUGUUUUUGGAAGAAAAUGUCAUCUUUAGACAUUUUUCUGGAAUAAAGGUAAUUGUGAGGUUGGGGUGGGUUACCUUGCAUGCAAUACUUCAAGACUUUAGGAGAUGAAAUCCCCUGGCUUAGAGAGUGGUCCCUAUGGACUGAGCGAGUGAACAAAAAUUAUGUAAUACAGGGGAAAUCUAGAUGUCAUAUUUACAGUUUUUCAUCAUCUUAAUAUGGACUAUGACAUUUCUAUACGGAGGAAUAUGUAGAGAAUGUAUGUGUUCAUCCAUUCUGAUUUAGGUUAAAUAAUGAAAGAAAUUAUGAAUGACUUAUCAAUACUUACUGGGCUAUACAAAAUCUUAUUACAGACCCUAAUAAUCAAGGUUUGUACACUUGGCUUUACAUGUAUGAGUCAAAUAAAUUUUUGAUGUAGCAAAAUCUUCAUAACUGUAAAACUGGGCCAAUUAACCAAACACACUGUUGUGGGUUUCUGGGCUGGAGUGUGGUCAAAGGAAAUCGAGUACUGAACUGAGGAUUAAUGAACUGGAUUUGAUAUGAAUUUCUGAAUUAGCGUACUAAAAAAAUGAUCAUGCUAUUGAAUCUCAGAUAGCUGUCACCAGUGAGAGGAAAUUGUUAAAAUGAGCCGCGGCCACUUUCUCUAUUGAACAGAGAGAUGCCUAGCUUCGGUUCAUGUGCCUAAAGGACGAGGAGGUAGUUUAUUCUGAGAUUCGCCUAUAAAGAAAAAAAAAAUUCAAUUGAAAUAUCUGUACAUUAUGCCUUUAAUUUGUGCUAAAUCCCUACUUAGUUUCUUUCUACAAUCUGAUUCAAGGCACUAGUGUCAGUGCGAAUCACCUGCCAGUGUUCACCCUUUCCUGAGGUUUGUUUGAGAAAAAUGAUUGACAGUUGAAAGUUGCUGGAUAUAUGUCAAAUGCUCCUAUGAAUAAUAUCGUGUCAACAGGUGGGGGGUGGGUACGAAAAUAAUUUUCUGAACUCCUGUCCUGUCCAUGUGGUGGUUGAUGUGAAGCUGGAUGUUUAAAAUGGGAGGGAGGGCUCCUGGGUGAAGUGAGCGGGCUGUUAUGUGGGAGACGAGAAAGUGUCCCACAUGGAGAAGUUUGGAGCCCUUUUGGGCUUUCUGGGACCAGUCUUGCUGGCUAGACCCUAGAGAGAGCCCUAGCCAGGGCCAGAUAGUCACCAGGCUGGACUGGACUGGGCUGGGCUUUUGAGUUUUGCCAGACAGAUCCACUAGCAACACCAGUUGUAAGAAUUCUUUACAUAGAAACAUCCUUCUGUUUUAGUUUGCUUUCUUUCUGAUGCAUCAUCACCACCAUCGUCCUGUAUACACAUUAUUCAUGUACCCAGACAGAUGAAGGUUGGAAAUUUUUCAAUGUAUGUUAAAAUUCAGUCCCUCCAAAUGGUGACCACCUCUACGAGUUUAUGGAAUCUGUGUCUUGUCGGCUCUUGGCAGUUUACUGUGUGGUGGCAGCUGAGUCAGUUGGAAGGCAAGUGCCUAUUGCAUUCCUAGAGAGGGUCAAGGAAGACUUCACCAAGAGAUAUGGUGGAGGAAAAGCUGCUACUGUCGAUGCUGAUGGCCUCAACAGGGAAUUCGGGUGUGUGUCAUCAGAUUAUAAUAGAUAAUGUAGAGUGCAUCGUUACUCAUUUGGUAUGGUAUUAAGCCAUCAAAUGCCCUCUGCUAUUUUAUCCAGGCCCAAGCUCAAGGAUCACAUGCAGUACUGUAUUGAUCAUCCCGAGGAGAUCAGUAAGCUUGCCAACGUGAAAGCUCAGGUUUCAGAGGUUAAGGGAGUAAUGAUGGAGAACAUUGAGAAGGUAGAUCCACGUCUGAUCCUCCCUAAAUCUCAGCUCUCAUUCCUCUCAUCUCAAGGCCUCCUUCAUUAUCUCAGGCUACCACUCCUAGCUAUUGACCAGAUUUUGUGAUGGUCUGAUAUUUUUAUCUCAUAGGUUCUUGAACGAGGUGAGAAGAUCGAGCUUCUUGUUGACAAAACGGAGAACCUUCGCUCUCAGGUUAGUCCUGAUUAGCUUUCUACCCUAAGAACCAGUAUCAUUUUCCGUUUUCUCCUUCUUUCACUCUUGUGGAUGAAGAAAAUCACAGAAAUCGGGCUUUGGGCCUUAUUCAAUUGAGGCCAGGCACAUCCUGUUGCAUGCCCAGCAGUGGAGUUUGUUUCUGAGUUUUUAAGUCCUAGUUAACCGAGAGCCCAGACCUGGUGUCGAUGUAUAGACAUUCCAUUGACCCUGUGGAGUAACUAUGUAAACCAGUUGCAACAUUCGUCGUAUUCAUUAUUUUUUGGGAUCGGAUUAUUGUUACAGGCGCAAGAUUUCAGGCAGAAAGGGACGAACGUGAGGAGGAAGAUGUGGCUCCAGAAUAUGAAGAUAAAGCUCAUUGUCCUCAGUAUCCUCAUUGUGAUGAUCUUCAUCAUCGUCCUAGCCGCCUGCCAUGGCUUCAAUUGUUGA